UAUUCAAUGUCUCAAAAUCAAAGCCAAGAUAUCCAUUAAAUAUUGAACAAUACAAUUAGAUAAAAUAUGAAACAAAAUAGCGUCUUUUUGAAUAAAUACGGUGUAUCUUUCAUUACCAAUUUGGUCACUCACAGUUACUUUGAGCAGACAGGUCCUGGAACAUGUUGGUGCAAAAUUGAAUCUCUUCAAUCAUUGGGUUCGAAAUGACACUUCACACCAUUAGGAGAUUUAUAAUAAGAUCAGCUCUAAAUCAUAACUCACAUAAGAGACAAAGGAAUCUACAUGUUUGCAAUAGAUGUCAGCUCUGUACCAAGUCAGAUCUUGCAAAUCCAAGAAACAUCCAGGGAUCUUUUAAGAAUCAACCAAUCACAGGCAGUCUUCAUAAUGGGAAUCAAGAAACUGGCAAGUCUCUUCAUGUACCAGUGAUGGUGAAUGAAGUUUUGGAGUAUCUAGAUCCCCAGCCAGGCCAGGUGCUGGUUGAUAUGACAUUUGGCAGUGGGGGACACAGUAAAGCCAUCAUUGAAAGGGCACCUGGUCUUCAUAUACUGGCCCUAGACAGAGACCCAACAGCAUAUGAUAUUGCCAUAGAGACUGCUGCACAAUACAACAGUGCUAUUACACCCCUGCUAGGGAAGUUUAGUGAUUUAGAUAAACUGCUGAAAUCCAAUGGGUAUGACCCUUGUUCUAUAGAUGGUUUGCUGUUAGAUGCAGGGGUCUCCUCUAUGCAGUUCGACAGAGCAGAAAGAGGGUUUGCUCUUAGUAAAGAUGGACCUCUUGACAUGAGAAUGGAUGGAAAUAGGGACCCUGAACAACCCUCAGCGGCAGAUGUAGUCAACCAUAUAGACGAAACAAACCUUUAUAAAAUCAUCAAACGAUAUGGGGAGGAGAAACGGGCACGUGACAUUGCUCAGGCUAUAAUAGACUACCGCUACUCAUUUGGACCAAUUACCAGAACGAAGCAACUGGCAUCCAUCAUUGGCAGUGUUUUCUCAGGUGACCACACUAAAGACAAACUCUCAAGAAAUGCUCAUCUUGCCACAAAAACAUUUCAAGCACUCAGGAUAUUUGUAAACAAUGAACUGAAUGAGCUGAACACUGCAUUAAAGAUGGCGCACAAGUUUCUUAAACCUGGCGGGAAAUGUGUCGCAAUAUCCUUCCAUUCCUUGGAGGAUCGGAUUAUUAAACGGAAUUUCAUGGGCAUAGAUAUUGAUGCUAAAAUUAAUACUAAGCUCAGUGAUCACUACAAAUAUAAAGACCCUAGUUUGGUAAUGGAUAAAGAUCACAUAGGGAAGUUACUAGAGAAACAUUGGAGUUUAAUUAACAAGAAAGUUGUCGUUCCAACUGAGGGGGAAUGUCAACUCAAUCCAAGAGCCAGAUCUGCUAAAUUACGUGCAGCCAUAAAAGUACAUGAAGAACCCUGAUAUUCGUAAACUGUACAGAUGAGCAUUACACUGCAUGGAUGUAUAUUAUAGUCACAGUGCAUUAAUUUUUUUAUUUGCCCAAAUCAAAGAACUAUGGACUUACAUCAUUGAACUGGAAACUCCCAUUGAGUUAAGGGUCUAACCUUCAGAAAAGCAUUACAUACAAUUAUGACGUCACACAUUACACUUAUUACCAGGGGUAUUGUUCGUGAACAUACCCUGGGUGAAAUGUUGACUU